UUAGAUGCUUUCUCAGUUAUCUAUGCUGCUCAGUAACCGGGACGCACGCACCGUCAGAGGAAAGGUAUCAGAAAUGAUCAAAAAAAUGUGUCCUAACGAGUCCGAGCUCAACAUCCCAGCCAAGAACUGCUACCGAAUGGUCAUCCUGGGCUCCUCCAAGGUGGGCAAGACCUCCAUAGUCUCAAGGUUCUUGAAUGGACGCUUUGAGGAACAAUACACCCCAACCAUUGAGGAUUUCCACCGCAAGUUCUACAGUAUCCGUGGGGAGGUCUACCAGCUGGACAUCCUAGACACCUCGGGCAACCACCCAUUCCCAGCCAUGAGGAGACUAUCAAUUCUAACAGGUGAUGUUUUCAUCUUGGUUUUCAGUCUGGAUAACAGAGACUCCUUUGAGGAGGUGCAGCGCCUGAAACAGCAGAUCAUGGAGACCAAGUCCUGUUUGAAGAACAAGACUAAGGAGAAUGUGGAUGUGCCACUGGUGAUCUGUGGCAACAAGGGUGACCGGGACUUCUACAGAGAGGUGCAAGCUCAUGAGAUAGAGCAACUUGUUGGUGGGGACAGUACUUGUGCUUACUUUGAGGUGUCUGCUAAAAAGAACCAUAAGCUGGAUGAGAUGUUCCAGAAACUUUUUACCAUGGCUAAGCUGCCCAGUGAGAUGAGCCCAGAUCUGCACCGCAAGGUGUCUGUCCAGUACUGUGAGAUCCUACACAAGAAGUCUUUCAAAGGCAAGAAAAUAAAGGAAGAUGGUGAUGCUUAUGGCAUUGUGGCCCCCUUUGCCCGUAGACCCAGUAUCCACAGUGACUUAAUGUACAUCAGGGAGAAGGCUAUAGGGGGUGGGCAGAGUAAGGAUAAGGAGAGAUGUGUCAUAAGCUAGGGGAAGCUCUUCAUCUAACCUUACAUAUAAAUAUAUACAUAGCAAAACUCAAUGUUUUGGUGAAGCCAAAGAGGCAUGUCCGAUGAGGGGAUCCGCAUGCCCCCCAUGCCUACUGAGGAGUGGUCGGGCGACCAAGGCUGUAGAGGAAGGCAGAAGACAGCCUUACGUUGUAGCAGUUGGACAGAUUGACAGAGGAACCAUCUCCACUCUCUAACGUUGAAAUGGAGAUGCUGAACAGUUUAAAGUUGAUGAGCUUAAAAGCCUGAAUACAUUGCUUCUGUUUUCAGACUCUUAGCCUCACUUGUUGGGUAAAAUCUUUGCUAAACAGAGCAAAUAAGAAUGAAAUAUGACUUGUUAACAUAAUGCUUGAUAGCAUUUUAUAUACAGUAUUGCACACAGAGAUGAACAAAUCAGUUGUGAUGUGUGUGCUAAAUUUCAACUUGAUGUCUAUUUUUUUGUUACAGAAUAAACACCAUUAAAAAAAAAAAAAAGC